AGGCAAGGGGAGUGAGGAUGGUUGACAACGGCCUUUCCUUGGAGUUCAAAUUUUUGACAGGUUUGACAUUUAUUACAGCACAGCUAUACAUUGUCGUUACAGAUGCCCCAAUCCGUCACGUACGUCUCUAACCGGCUGACUCUUUUUUCCCUCUUUUCGUGGGGUCAUGUCCUAAUUAGGCACUUCAAUUUAACAACUCAGCACCAAUCAUUUCCAAGUCGACCCCCAACUUCUUUACACCAAUAUUAACAAAGAAGCAGAGACGAAACAAAUUUUCAAAAUUAGUUUCACACUCUCAACAUGAAAUUUUUUUUAAUUUCUUAAAACCAGAAAAAGAAAGGAAAAAAAAAAAAGCAAAAAGUGGGAGAAACGAUGAGAGAGGGUCCGGAGAAAAAACCCGGGCCCCACCACUGAGCUCCGAUCUGGGUUUUUGAGCGUUUGGUUGGUGUUGUUCGUGUUAUUCUAAGAUCAGUAUCCAAGGGUGUGGUAUUGUUUGAAACUUGUAGCUGAUUUGGGGUUUAGAAGCUUAGGAGCUUGGGAUGGGUUCGAAGCCGUGGCUAUACCCGGCUCCUACUUAUCGGACUUUGGAGACUUAUUGGGACUCCGAUGAGGAUGCCCCUGGUCCCCGAUGUGGUCACACUCUUACUGCCGUCGCCGCCACUAAGACUCACGGUCCUAGACUUAUUCUCUUCGGUGGUGCCACCGCCAUCGAGGGUGGCGCUUCCUCUUCGGCUCCCGGAAUCAGAUUGGCGGGUGUUACCAAUUCAGUUCAUUCGUACGAUGUUCUUACUAGGAAGUGGACUAGAAUCAGACCAGCCGGUGAGCCGCCUUCUCCUAGGGCUGCACACGCGGCGGCUGCUGUUGGCACCAUGGUUGUGUUUCAGGGUGGGAUAGGUCCAGCUGGCCAUUCAACUGAUGAUCUAUACGUGCUUGAUCUGACUAAUGAUAAGUUUAAGUGGCAUAGAGUGGUUGUGCAAGGGCAAGGUCCUGGACCUCGCUAUGGCCAUGUUAUGGAUUUGGUUGCCCAGAGAUAUCUUGUAACUGUAAGCGGCAAUGAUGGAAAAAGAGUUCUUUCUGAUGCCUGGGCUUUCGAUACUGCUCAGAAACCAUAUGUAUGGCAGAGGCUAAGCCCCGAAGGUGAUCGGCCAUCUGCAAGAAUGUAUGCAACCGCUAGUGCCCGCUCAGAUGGAAUGUUUUUGCUUUGUGGUGGAAGAGACUCUUCUGGGGCGCCUCUAGCAGAUGCAUAUGGGCUGCUUAUGCAUAGGAAUGGCCAGUGGGAGUGGACUCUUGCACCUGGAGUUUCCCCUUCACCAAGGUAUCAGCAGGCUGCGGUUUUUGUUGGUGCACGAUUGCAUGUUACUGGGGGUACUCUUAGAGGAGGACGGGCUAUAGAAGGUGAAGCAGCUGUUGCAGUACUAGAUACUGCUGCUGGAGUAUGGUUGGACAGGAAUGGGCUUGUGACUUCCUCUCGAAACACUAAGGGACAUGCAGAAUAUGAUCCUUCUUUGGAACUUAUGCGUCGUUGUCGCCAUGCAUCUGCAUCUGUUGGUGUUCGAAUAUAUAUUUAUGGUGGUCUUAGAGGAGAUAUGCUGUUAGAUGAUUUCCUAGUUGCAGAAAAUUCACCAUUCCAGUCCGACAUGAGCUCUCCUAUAUUAACCUCAGAGAGAACCUCAAACUUGUCCAGCCCCAGAUUUAAUCAACCUAAUUUAAGUUCAUUUGGAACAACACCAACUUCAGAUGAUGGUCCAGAGUUCCCUUCAUCUGGGGGCAUGAGCAUGGACAAAAACUCGAUGGAGAAACUGAGGGAGGCUUCUGCUGCUGAAGCUGAGGCAGCAAAUGCUGUCUGGCAAGCUGCACAGGCUGCAUCUGCUGUUCCAGCGGAGGAAACAUCUCUAUCUGAUGACAACUCACCUGCUGCUGAAACAGCUUCAGAUGCUAGUGAUAAUGAGGCUGAUGUUCGCCUUCAUCCUAGAGCUGUUGUGGUUGCUAAAGAGGCUGUAGGGAACCUGGGUGGGAUGGUUAGGCAGCUAUCCUUGGAUCAGUUUGAAAAUGAGAGCAGACGGAUGAUCCCCUCUAAUAAUGACCUGUCCUAUCCUACCAAAAAGUUUUCUAGACAGAAGUCUCCUCAAGGCUUGCAUAAAAAGGUUAUUUCUACAUUGCUUAGGCCCCGAAACUGGAAAGCUCCUGUUAAUAGGAGGUUUUUCUUGGAUUCUUAUGAAGUGGGUGAGCUCUGUUAUGCUGCUGAACAGAUUUUUAUGCAAGAACCCACAGUCCUUCAGUUAAAAGCUCCUGUAAAAGUCUUUGGUGACCUUCACGGACAGUUUGGUGAUUUAAUGCGGCUUUUUGAUGAAUAUGGGUUUCCUUCAACUGCAGGAGACAUUACGUAUAUUGAUUAUCUGUUUCUAGGAGACUAUGUUGAUCGAGGACAGCACAGCUUGGAGACAAUAACAUUGCUUCUUGCUCUCAAGAUUGAAUAUCCUGAAAAUGUUCACUUGAUUCGUGGAAAUCAUGAGGCUGCUGACAUAAAUGCACUCUUUGGUUUUCGUAUCGAAUGCAUCGAGAGAAUGGGCGAGAAUGAUGGUAUAUGGGCUUGGACACGGUUCAAUCAACUAUUCAACUAUCUUCCACUAGCUGCGCUUAUUGAAAAGAAAAUUAUCUGCAUGCAUGGUGGCAUUGGAAGAUCUAUACAUUCAGUGGAGCAGAUAGAGAAACUUGAGCGGCCAAUAACAAUGGAUGCAGGAUCCAUUAUUUUAAUGGACCUGUUAUGGUCUGAUCCAACAGAAAAUGAUAGCAUCGAAGGUUUGAGACCAAAUGCCAGAGGUCCUGGUCUUGUCACUUUUGGGCCUGAUCGUGUGACGGACUUCUGUAAGAAAAACAAGCUACAGCUUAUUAUAAGGGCUCAUGAAUGUGUAAUGGAUGGGUUUGAACGAUUUGCUCAGGGUCAAUUGAUUACACUUUUUUCUGCGACAAACUAUUGUGGCACUGCAAACAAUGCUGGAGCUAUAUUGGUAGUUGGUAGGGGACUGGUUAUAGUCCCAAAGUUAAUUCAUCCCUUGCCACCCCCCAUUCAGUCCCCAGAGACAUCGCCAGAGCGUGUUGCAGAUGACACAUGGAUGCAGGAGCUGAACAUCCAAAGACCACCGACUCCAACUCGUGGUCGCCCUCAACCUGACCUCGAUCGGAGCUCACUUGCAUAUAUAUGAAUAUGAUGUCAGGACUUGAGGAUGUUUGUUAUUUACAACACUAUGAUGCAGGAGUCCCAUGCUUAUGUGGGAUGGUUGAUUCUUACCCAACUUGAGUUGCAAGAAGUAUAUAUCAAAUCACCUCCGUGCACGCAUUAAUGCUCAUGUUGUAUUUUGAAGAUGCAAGUAGCACAAUGCAGAAGAUGGAGCCUUGUUUAGUGUACACAUACCUUGGGAGUUGUAGAAGAUCUAGUUUUAAACCGUUGAGUACAUACAGUUUAGUUCGUCAAAGGGUCAGUAUAGCAUUUUGCCAUUAUGCAAUACAGAUAAUUUAUAGUCAGGGUUGGGGGGAAGUUAUUUUUUAUUUAUUUUUUAUUUUUUUUUUCAGUGUGUGCAUUGUAACAUAAAUGGCGAUACAUCUAGGUCUUGCAUGAAGCAAUUUUUGAUUUUUGGAUUUAACCAUGUGCCACUGCCUGUGUAAACAAUAAAACUAUUUAUUUUUCAAGUU